AUGUCUUGGUUCGGUGUUGCCCCGCUGAAAAAGUUCCCGGCGCCUUUCCUGCGGCCGUACGGGCCGUUCUUCGCCGCCGGCAUUGUCAUCGCCUAUGGCGUGAAUUCGGCACAGAACGCCCUUUCGCAGACGGCCGAGUGGAAGAACGACCCGAGAAACGUGAGACGAGUCUUGAUUUUCCCCCGCACAACCAUCGACGGCGUCUUUCACUACAUGACAUCCUGUGCGGUCCUAUUCUGCCGAUUCCGUGCGCGAAACGCCCUGCCGCUGUACAGCCGCACAAUAGCGACGAUGGCGACGAUGGCGACGAUGGGGAAGAAGCCAGGCGCGCCGAAGCCGGCGGUGCCGAAGAAGGACGUCAAGAUUUUGAUGCUGCACGGAUACACCCAGUCGGGACCGUCGUUUCGCAGCAAGACGCGCGCGCUCGAGAAGCUGCUGCAGAAGCAGCUGGCGCCCCACAACCUGAUGCCGGUGCUGAUCUACCCGACGGCGCCGAUCCGGCUGCAGCCCCGGGACAUCCCCGGCUACCAGCCGCAGACGCGAGAGGGUGCCGGCGACGACGACACGACGCCCGAAGAGGCAGACGCGUGGGCCUGGUGGCGCUUUGACGAGGCUUCGGGCACGUAUCGCUUCUUCGACGAGGGCAUGAUGUCGCUGGCCGGUCCCAUCGCCGCGGCCGGUGGCAUCGACGGUGUCCUCGGCUUCAGCCAGGGCGGCGCGCUCGCUGCCCUUCUCGCGGCCGCCCUCGAACAGCCGCCGCGGACUCAGCGGUCGUCGUCAUCGUCGUCAUCGUCCAACGACACACCUGCCAACUCGCCCUGGGUUGAUGCCGUGCGCGCGGCCAACAACCAGAGCGGCCUCCAGUUCGCCGUCAUCUACAGCGGCUUCUACACCCCGCCCGAAGAUGUCGCCUGGCUGCUCGAGCCCGCCAUCCGCACGCCCACGCUGCAGUACAUCGGCAGCCUCGACACCGUCGUCGACGAGAGCCGCAGCCAGGCCCUGAUCGACCGGUGCGUCGAUGCCGCCGUCGUCAUCCACCCUGGCGGCCACUUUGUGCCUGUCAGCAAGCAGUGGAUCAUGCCGCUGGUCGGCUUCAUCAAGGAUCACGUCCAAGAACCUGGGCCCGAGGCUGAGGUUGAACCCAUUAAGGCGAAAGCAUAG